AUGAAUGAAAAGAAGAAGUGCCACUUUUUUUUGCUGGUCAUCCGCUCCCAUUACACACUCGAACACAUGUCUUUUUCAAUUGCAACAAGCUCCAUCUCUUCUGGCACCGCUACCACAUCACGACUUCAGCGUGACUGUACUGCGUUGAUGUAUGACAGCAUGACUACGGAUGAAUUGAAAGAGGCUCUUCGAGAUGCGCACAGAGAAAUCAAUGAUGCACAGCGCAUUAUCUCUGAGCUCAAGCUGGAGCUAGCCACUGCCAAAGUGAAGAAAGGCGGCCAAAAGGUAGGAGCAUCGGAAGAGUUGUUGAGUGCGGAUCAAGAGAUUGCCAAGCUCACCCGGAUAUACAUGCUUUUCCAUCAACCCUGGGUCCGCGCCGACGAUUUCCGCAAUCCAAAACCAUCAUUUGAAUCAAAUAGCACUGAAAGAUUUUCAAGCGACGAUAACCUGAAGCUUGGUGCGACCAUGGAACUGUAUGAUUGCGUUCCCGAGCGCCUACAUGAUUAUAUGCAAAGUCACAGCGACUUUGCGACAAAGUUCAUGAAAGAAUUGUCUUCUAGCCGUUCAAGCAUCAUCGAUCGCCUGUGCAAAAAUGCUGCCACAAUUUUCGGCCUUACUCCUGACAUUUUCUUGCGUAAAUUCAAUCGCUCAACCAACUCGACCAUCAAUACCUUGCUUGGGUACAAUGCGAGCGGCAAGACAGUGACCACACGUUACCCACGCUUGCCACCUUUUUUCUUCGAAAACUCAGACGCUUCGGAUACAACACUCCUCUUCCGCAGUGAAUACUUGCUCAAGGUGGCGCUUUUAAUUAUCUACGGGCCGAGUGCGAUAUUUGGUGAUGCACUGCCGAUCCUGCGGUCAAACAGCCCUUACGCUUCUCGUUCAGAGUCUGGAACUACAGCUGGCCUAAUUUGUUGUGUCGCAACCCUGGCUCACUUCAUUAUGUCAACGGAUACUGAACUCACAGGAACGGGGGUUGGCAAUGUGACUGGGAUCGGUUAUUUUGCCGACUUUGACGCAUACAAAAAGAUCUUGACACUUUCACGGGAAUCUUCCAUUCAGCCUCCAGCGCGCCGAACAUCGGGGAAUCGGAUUCAUCCCGCUCCUGUGGCUCCACCCCCCGUUUCCAGUCCCUCCAUCACGUCCAUUUUAAACACUGGGGCGACAGCGUUUGAUUCCCAAGGGACGGACUCGGAAAAUCUCGAAGCUGUGCAAGGUCCAGGGGAUAAUUUGACAGAGCCCGUCAAACCGCUGCCACGCCGCGCCGCCAACAGGCGACAGGUUGCUGCAGCUGCACCUAGCUCCAUCAAUUCCACCGAACCUGUCAUUCCGAUCGCUGCUGAACAGCCUCAGAAGCGCACCACCCGUGGAAAGAAAGGAACGACGAAGCGCCGUUGA